GUUCUUCUAAAAAGAGACAGAAGGGGAAUAGAAAGAAAAAAGAAACCUUUAUCUUUUAUAAAAACAGAAAAGCUUCGUCCUUUCUAAUCCUUAACCCUCACUCACAAAAUCACAAUCCCUCUUAGCUUCGUCACCAUCUUUCUUCUUCUGCUUCGUCUUGUUGUUUCAAGAAAGAACAAAAAAGUUCAGAUAAAUCCAAAUCAAAAGGAUUAGGGUUUUCGUUGGCUCAUAUUAAAAUGGGUAGGUGUGGAAGGAGCAGCGACGGAGGUAAUAUUGGUGGAGUUAGACCGUACGUAAGGUCUCCGGUGCCCCGCCUGAGAUGGACGCCGGAGCUUCACCGGAGCUUCGUUCACGCUGUUGAUUUGCUCGGUGGUGAAUACAAAGCAACUCCAAAACUAGUUCUUAAGAUAAUGGAUAUGAAGGGACUAACCAUUUCACACGUCAAGAGCCAUCUCCAGAUGUAUAGAGGAUCCAAACCCACACUUUUUGGGAGACCAGAAGAGAGUUCUUCAUCAUCUUCAAGGAGAAGAAGAAGACAAGACAAUGAAGAAGAUCAUCUUCAUGACAACUUGUCUGUACACGCAAGGAAUGAUUGUCUUUUGGGUUUUCACUCUUUUAACUUUAGAAGAGAGCAGACUUCAGCGACUUAUAAUGAUGACGAUGACUUUCUUAACAUCAUGAACAUGGAGAGAACGAAGACAUUUGCAGGCAAUGGCGAGUCCAUCAAAUUCCAGUCUCAUCACUUUCUCGAGGGACACAAAGAAGAAGAGGAAGAAGAACUAUCGCUGUCUUUGUCAUUGAAUCAUCCUCAUAAUUAUCAACAACGUUGGAGAAGCAAUGCGUCAUCAUCACUCAGUGAAACCAGCGAAGCAUUCUCAUCGUCUUCAGCUCCAUUCAUCUUCAGAGAUUGUUUUGCUUCUUCUAAGAUUGAUCUUAAUCUUAGUCUCUCUUUUUCUCUACUCGGUAGCUGAGGUUUUGUAUAAUUUUAGUGCAGUGAACAUUCAGAUUUGUUCGAAAACAUUCUGAAAAAUUGUAAUCUUAUAGUUAGGUUUCUAAAUUUCUUUUGCGGUCGUGAUGAUUUUUUGUCUACAAUAUCAUGGUCAAU